CAGUCAUUAUCAACAAGCACUUGUUCAUAAUUAUUUAAUAUAGUGCCACCUAAUGUUAUCAGUAAUUUUUAAUAAGUAUUAUUGUUCCGGUUAUUAUUUAUUACAAGCAUUACAAACCUUAUGCGGCGAAAGUUAUUAAAUUAUUAGAUUAUUGUGACCUUUUCUUGAUUGUUUUGUACUCGCAUCACACCGAACGUGCACCAAGAGUUGACAGUAGUUAGCUUUAUAAACAUGAGCGAAUAAUAUUGCUAGAUAUACAGUUUAUAAAAGUUAAAAAAUAAAAGUAAGAAGAUGCUAUUCACAAGUAGUCUAAAAGUCGAUUUGAUCGGCUUCAUAGUCGUUCUUGUCAGCCUGUUUGUUGCUUUCGUAAAAUGGAAGUUUACCUAUUGGCAACGAAGGGGUUUGUUAAAUCCCGAACCGACUUUCUUCAUCGGCAACAUGUGGAGACUGGUCCUGCAAAAGAUCACGUUUGGCGAUCACAUUCAGGAAACCUACAACUUUUUGAAGGCCAAGAACCAACGACACGGCGGAGAGUACUUCUUCAUGAAGCCGAUGUACGUCCCGAUAGAUCCCGAGAUUGUCAAAAACAUCAUGCAGAAUGACUUCCUCAGCUUUAUGGACAGGGGAAUAUACUUUAACGAAACCGACCCUUUGUCGUUAAAUCUGUUUUUCAUAUCGGGAAUGAAAUGGAAAAACUUAAGGUCAAAACUGACACCAACAUUCACAUCGGGCAAAAUGAAGAUGAUGUUCGAAACUUUGGUGAAAUGUGGCAACGAACUGCAAAAAUUAAUGGACGAAAAUGUUGGAAAACCGGUCGAACUCAAAGACGUUUUGGGGAGAUUCACCACCGACGUGAUCGGCUCCGUUGCCUUCGGCAUCGAGUGCAACAGUUUGAAGGAUCCAAGCAGCGAGUUCAGACAUUACAGUGCGGAAUUUUUCAAAAGUGAUCUGAUGCACAAUUUAAAAUCGAUCAUUAGUUUCAUUUGGCCGGAACCGUUGAAAUUCUUUAACGUUAAAACCAUUAAACCUGAAAUUAACGAUUUUUUCAUGAAUAUUACCAGAGAAACAGUUGAAUACCGUGAGAAACACAACGUUAAACGGAAGGAUUUCUUAGAUUUGUUGAUACAGUUAAAGAAUACGGGAAAACUGGAGGAAGAACACAUGCUUACUGAAGAGAAAUUAAGUUUUGAAGAGCUGGCUGCUCAGAGUUUUGUGUUUUUCAUUGCUGGAUAUGAAACUUCUUCCACUACAAUGACAUUUGCUUUGUACGAGUUGGCAGAACAUCCGGAGCUUCAGGACAAAUUACGUGAGGAAGUUGAUCGAGUUUUAAAUAAGUAUAAUGGCCAACUGACUUAUGAUGCCAUGAUGGAGAUGACAUAUAUGGACAAAGUCAUUAAUGAAACGUUAAGGCUUUAUCCACCUCUACCAAGUUUGAACAGACUUUGCACCAAAGAAUAUCACGUGCCAGGAACUGAUGUAAUAUUGGAAAAGGGUACGAAAAUCCACAUACCCGUGAUUGCUCUCCAUCUCGAUGAAGACUAUUUCCCCAAUCCGAAACAAUUCGAUCCUGAACGAUUUACUGAAAGUCGUGUUGGUUCAGUAGUUCCGUACACAUUUUUACCUUUUGGUGAUGGACCAAGAAACUGUAUCGGUGAACGUUUUGGAAAGAUGCAAACAAAAGUUGGUCUUACUGUUAUGAUUAAAAAUUACAAAUUUACCUUAAACCCAAAGACUAAGGUUCCCUUGGUAAUGGAUACCAGGUCGUUUAUACCAACUACUCUUGGUGGUAUGUGGAUGGACUACGAAAAAGUAUAAUUUUUUCAAUUUUAUAGGGAUAAAUUUCAAAGAAUUUAUUGAUUAAAUAAUGUUUAAAGAAAUGAAAUUUUAUUUAUUAUUGAGGAGAAAAAUUCAAUAAAAAGAAUAUUUACAUUCUCUA